GGUUGGGAACCACUGAACCACUGUCUUAGACAUCAAGUGCAAAUUAACCGCUUACAUUUUUUCCUGUAGAUUGACUCAAUCACCUGUGUCUCGAAGGUGGACUUUGAGGAGCUGUCUCAUAACAUUGCCAAGAUAGAGGUCGACUGUAAGGAAUCAUGGGGUCAUCUAAAAGCCAUUGCAAAACAUGAUGGUCCUACGCAGAUUAAGCUUAAUGUGCUUCAGUGAACCAAUGAGUGGGACAGUAGUGGAUUAAGACCCAGGUUGGAAUAUUUACUGGAACAAAAUUAUUGACUACAAUGUUACCAACACCAGAAGAGAAGCACAAGAUUCACGAAGCCACCAUUUACAACCCAUACCUUCCUCUGGGGUCGGCAGAACAGUUUCUUAUGAUGCUGUUGUCCAUAUCUGAACUUCCCGCCAGAUUACAACUCUGGAUCUUUAAGCUAGACUAUGAGAACAUGGAGAAGGUAAUAACAAACAGGAUUGACUCAAUCACCCGUGUCUCGAAGGUGGACUUCGAGGAGCUGUCUAAUAACAUUGCCAAGAUAGAGGUCGACUGUAAAGAAUCAUGGGAUCAUCUAAAAGCCAUUGUAAAACAUGAUGGUCCUACACAGAUUAAGCUCAAAAUGUCAGAGUUUGUAGCAGACUGUGCAGAGUGUACAUUUGUUCUGGAAAUUAUUUAUCAGCGAGUGAUGACUGGAUUUCAUCUGUUUCUAGUGUGGUUGGUUUCACCGCUACACUUAGCCCAGGACAUUAAGGUUCAACAAGUGUGCUCAACAAUAAGUGAGUUUUGCCCUGGAGUACAGGACCUGCCAAGAGCAUGUACUACAACAGAUUCAGAAGAACGCAAACCACCGUGAGAGAAAUAAGACUCACAGGAAGAUGAUCAUAGAGGUCCAUGAGUCUGGAUGUGUGAUGGUGAUGUGGAGGAGUUAGUGGAGGAGCACAGGGAAGAGCUGACCACUGAGGAGUUACAGGAACUUGAGAAGGAGGAGCACAAGUCUAAGAUGGAUGCACUCUCUUCAGGCUCAGAAGAGGAGAUAGGGGAAGUACCUACUUCAUUAAUCAAGGAAAUCUUUGCCAAAUAGAUGGACGUCAAAAACUUUGCAGAGAAGUACCACCCCAACAAAUCCCAAACAAGCCAUAAUAGCAUUGUCUGGAAUGAUCACUCCCCUCAAGGGAGGUUCCUUGAUGCUGGUGAGGGGCUCUUGAUCUAGGGAAUUGGAUCUGUGCUCCAGUUCCCUGAAUUGAGCCUGAAUACCUUCCAUUCCCCCACAUGCGCUGUAUAAUCCUAUGGGUUUAGCGCUCCUGUCAUUAUAAUAAUAAUAAUAAUAAUGGAAUGACCAGACUAUGUCACAUUUCCAAAACAUCCUGAGGAGAAGGCAGAAGCAAAGUUCUUUGGACCUGGUGAGCUUCAACCAGGUCGAAAUAGGGAAAAGAGAAGGGGACUCUCCUUCCAAACAAUAACAUUUCCUCCUGCCUUCUCAGCACUAUCCUGGUAGGCACUCGACUCUUUUCAGCAAAAUACAGUGAGGUUAAAUUUGCAUUUAUUUCAUCUAAUUCUUUUGUAUUUACAUAUUUUAGUAUUAAGCAGUGUUUAAAUUAUUUUUACAACCCCAUCAUUGUAUAAUAUGCCAAUAACAAUAGGAUUUUUUUCAUGGGAAAUGAUUAAUCAUUUUCCCUAUACAAUGGAACCUCGGCUUAUGAAUGCCCCACCAUGCGAACUUUUCAGGAUACGAACCGUCAUUCAGUCAAUUUUUUGCUUCUGGAUAUGAACAAAAUUUGAAGGUGU